AGACUGGGAUCAGAGGAUACUCUGAAUCGGCUGCAAUCAGCUCGACUUGGAGCCCCGGGAGAUAAUGUGACAGAAAGAGCUGGAAAACAAGGGUCUUUUCUGCUACGCCUUUCUUCAGUUGGACGGAUCAAGCAGCGUUUGCCUGAUAUGGGACACAAGCCUCUUCAGCUGAAAACAGGUUCAGUCAUGCCCCUUUGGACCAUCCGCUUUGACCUGAUUUUGUCGAGUCUGCUGCUGCUCCUGCUGCUGCUCUGGGUACCUAUGGAAACCCUUGCCCAGAAUGACACAGAGCCCAUCAUCCUGGAGGGGAAAUGCUUGGUGGUGUGUGACUCCACUCCUUCAUCCGAGCCCGCUGGAAGUGCUCUGGGUAUGUCUGUCCGCUCUGGCUCAGGACGAGUGGCCUUCUCAGCCAGCCGGCAGACCAAUCAUGAGCCAACAGACAUGAGCAACCGCACCAUGAUCAUCUACUUCGAUAAUAUCUUAGUCAAUGUUGGCACCCACUUUGACCAGGAGAGUAGCGUCUUUGUAGCUCCACGGAGAGGAGUGUACAGCUUCAACUUCCAUGUCGUGAAGGCCUACAACAGACAGACUAUUCAGGUCAGUCUGAUGGUGAACGGAUGGCCGAUGAUUUCAGCCUUUGCAGGGGACCAAGACGUGACCAGAGAGGCGGCUACCAACGCAGGCCUGGUGAUUCUGGAGAAGGGAGACAAGGCCUACCUCAGACUGGAGAGGGGGAACCUGAUGGGGGGUUGGAAGUACUCCACCUUCUCCGGGUUUCUGGUCUUUCCCUUGUGAAAAAGUUGCAAAUUUAAGAUAUUUAUUAACAAAAAAGUUGUGAUUGAGGGGAGUCACGGUGUUUAGCAAAAGUAUUUAAAAUCCCUUGAACUUCUUUAAAAUGUGAUAACUUUUCACCGCAGCUGCAGAUCGUUUUAGGGAACAUCUCCAACAGAUUUCCAAAUCUUGAACCUAAAACUUAGUCUUCUUUUUAAAAAAAUACUUCAAGCUUGGUUAUGCUGGACGGAGAUCAUUUGUGUCCAUUAGUUUGAAAGCA